GGGGCCGGCCGCCCCUCUCACGGUUCACUUCAGUUCCGUUCACUCGUCCGGCUCACCCAAGCAAAUAUCUCCCCAAGCAUACGUGCCGGAGCAGAUUGGGCAUCAGAAUCAUCACUGCCGCGAAUCCCGUACCAAAUUCAAAGCCAGUUCUCGCGGCAUCGGUAGCGAGCCAGCAACCGCCUCCGAACCUCCACCCGAGGAAGAGUAGAAGCAGGCCAGAAGAGAAGGCGCGCGCGCGCAGCGCAGGAGGCUCGGAAUGGCGCUCCGCUGCUCCCUGCCCGCGACCUGUUCGACGUUUUGCCUCACACGAGCAGAGCACCCCAGUUCGCGUGCUCUCCCCGCGCGCCUCGUCGUCAGCUUCGGCUCUUGCCCGCGAUCCAGGCCGAGCCUGGGACCCGUGCUCGCCGCGCGCCCCUGGGCACUGCGUGCGAGCGACCCCAAGGCCGGGCGGCUGGUGAUCGGCGGCGGGCCGCGCAGCGCCGACGCGGACACCGAUUCUGACGAUGACGACGACGGCCCCGUGCGGAUGACGGACCAGGAGCGGAGGACGCUGCGGAGGAAGAUACGGGAGAUGAUGGACCGGAUGCCGGAGACGCAGGAGCUGACCGACCCGGAGGAGAAGAAGGCCAAGAUGAGGGAGCUGCUGACCAAGUACCAGCUGGUUGUCGAGGAGGAGGACCCGGAGUGGCCCGAGGACGCCCAGGACGGCAUGGGCUUCGGCCUCGACCAGUUCUUUGACAAGAUCACCAUCAAGCCUGAGAAGAGGGAUGACGCCGCCGACGAUGAUGCGGUGGAUGACGGCAAGAAGGAGGUGGUCUGGGAGGAUGACAACUACAUCAAGCCGGUCAGGGAUGUCAGGACAAAGGAUUGGGAUGACACCGUGUUCACGGACUUCGGCCCGUUGAUUGUGCUCGUGCAUAACCGGUACAAGAGACCACAGGACAAUGAGAUGGCAAGAACUGAGCUCGUAAAGGCCAUCGAGACGUUUUGGGAACACGAUCUGCCUUCACCAAGAUGUGUUGCAGUCGACGCCUGCGCGGAGCCAGACCUCGUGGCCGCUCUGAAGGUGUCCGGUUUCCCUGAGUUGCUCUUCACCAAUGCAGGGAAGAUACUGCACCGAGAGAAAGCUGUCCGGUCGGCCGAGGUGCUGGCGAGGAUGAUAGCCUUCUUCUACUACAAGGCGGUGAGACCACCUUGCUUGAGCGAAUCAGACGGCCAGGGGCAAGAGAAGGUCCCUCUGAUGUCGUGAAAGGAAGGGUGGUUCGUGCUGAUACUAGUAUUUUGCAUCAGUGUAACUUUGGAGAUUACAUAGUAGUACUAUACAUCAGGAGUAGAGUUACUGCUACAAGGAACCUUAAUUCUCACGUGUGACAAUGCCUAACAGUUUGUGUAUGAUUCUGUUCCUCAUGCUGGAUAGCCAUGUGACCACGUCCCUCCUUGUGUUCAGCAUGUAAGAUUACCCUUAAGAUUCA